UACUUUUCUCAUUACUUUUGGACAGACAACAACACUUCAAGAUUCCAAAAAUCAAACCCCUCUCUCUCUCUCUCUGGGCGUCAAGAGUAAGCGUCCAUCCAACACGUUCAGCCUUCAGACACAGUCUGGUCUUUCCUCUUCCACCAUUUACAACGAGCGUCCAACACGUUCCAAGACCAGUCUCCCCACCUUCUUCCUCUCUCUCUAGCGGCGUCGAAUAAUGUAUCAGUGACACGGGUUUUGCAUACAUGUGUGUUGUAUAUAUCUUCUACCAUGCGAAUCUUCUUUCAAUUCAUUCAACUCUCAAAUAAUCUUUCACUUUCCAAUUGUUCGAUCCAUAGACCUUCAUCAUGACCUCCGCCACUACGACGUCGUCCAACGGCCGGAGCAUCAGGCAAAUCAUCUGCGAUGCUGGCGCGGGGGCCUCUGCAGGUGCUAUAGCUGCCACUGUUGUGUGUCCGUUGGAUGUAAUUAAAACCAGAUUGCAGGUCUAUGGCCUACCUAAGUUGCCCCACUCUGGUCCAAGAGGUAAUAUCAUUAUUACAAGCCUGCAAAAUAUAAUACAAACUGAGGGUUUGAAGGGAAUGUAUCGUGGUCUUUCACCAACAUUAGUGGCACUACUUCCAAACUGGGCAGUGUACUUCACUGUGUAUGAGCACCUAAAAGAACUGCUGUGUUCACAUGCUGAUAACAGUGGUCAACUUACAUUUGGUGCCAAUAUGAUAGCUGCUUCAGGUGCUGGGGCUGCCACGGCUACUGCAACAAAUCCACUGUGGGUUGUUAAGACCAGACUCCAAGUAGCAGGAAAGCUUUCAUCGGAAUUGUGUCAAGUAAGGGUUCCACAGAAACUCACAAGAAAUGUCCUUAAGCUCUCUUUGUACAAGACACAGGGAAUGAGACCAGGUGUGGUUCCUUACAAAGGCAUUUUUUCUGCGUUAAGAAGGAUUUCACACGAGGAAGGAAUACGGGGGUUGUAUAGUGGUCUUUUGCCUUCACUAGUUGGGAUAAGUCAUGUUGCAAUCCAAUUUCCAGCUUAUGAAAAGAUCAAGUCCUACUUCGCGAAAAGGGAUAAUACAACCACCAGUAAGCUAAGUCCCGGGAAACUUGUGAUUGCCUCAGCAGUAUCUAAAUUAGUUGCCUCUGUAAUGACUUACCCCCACGAGGUUGUACGAUCCAGAUUGCAAGAGCAAGGACAAGUCAAGAAUUCUCAAGUCCGGUAUGAUGGCGUUGUUGAUUGCAUUAAGAAGGUAUUCCAAAAGGAAGGUGUUCCUGGUUUCUACCGAGGUUGUGCAACUAACCUAUUUAGAACGACUCCAUCUGCUGUUAUAACAUUUACCAGCUACGAGAUGAUACAUAGGUUGUUGCAGCAGAUUUUACCUCCAGAGGAGAGGAAUUCAGUGGCCAAACCUGAAUCUGAUGGCCAUAUUAAGCCCAAGGAGGAAAAUUUCACGACUAGAGAAAAUGAGGAUACAAAAAUUUUACGGAAAUCGCAAACCCAUCUAGUAAGAUAACCACAAUAGUUCCUUUUGGGAAGCCCUGAUAAAGAGCUAAGGGCUGAAUAGUGACAAUUGUUUGUCUGCCAUAUUAUGGCACAGUGGGGAAUAAAAGUAGUUUUGCAAUUUUUUUAUAAACUUGUGGUUUGAUUGUAA